AUGCCACGAUCACCAACCAACACCCUUAUAAUAACCAACUUGAGUGAUGAGCUAUUGCAAGACCCCCACGAUUUGAUUGAUGUUAUUUCUAAUACACAUGAUUUGGUACAGCUAAUAAUAUUGCCUAAAUUUGGUCGAUUCAUUCUCAUUUGUGAAUCGAGUCGAGUCGCUCAAUCAAUGAAAGACUUGUUAUUGCGGGACUCCAGGUGGAACUUCCUUCGAGUGUCAUAUAGCAUCAAAGAUAACCGGUUCGAGAUAAACAAACAGGACUUGCUUGACGCUACAGCUGGGGAAGACUAUUCACAAAUGAAUUAUUUGGAGCUCCCCCAUGACCUAAAUCUGAAACGAUUUUUAAUCAGCCCCCCUAUGAGCCCCCAUGACUGGGACCAUUGGGACAAACUCGAAGAAGGGCCCAAUGAAAAGGCAAUAUAUUCACCGGAAGAUUUAUCGAGCCUAUUAUGGGAAAGGCUAGGUGACAAUAUGGUGAGAAAGUAUCAGGAUGAUUCAAAUCAAGUUAGAGAAGAGGUUUUGUACAACGAAGAGGGAGUUCCGGCAAUUGUUUUAGACAAAUCUGAGAACGAUGUGUUGGAGGAAAAACUCCCCAAAACUAGCAUGCCCAGUCCGUGA